CAAACAGCCCAAGGGCAGUCUGUCAGGGGGUGUGUUCUCAUUCACAAACCGGAAAUUUUGCGAGUGUAAAUCUGAGGGCGGCAGCCUCAUUCCUCUCAUUGUAACAACAUGACUGGUAGAGGGAGACCACGCAAGGCUAAGAGUCCUGACACUAAAUGUGCCAAGAGCCCAACUAGAGCUGAGGAAACAAAACAAGGAUCUCUGCCCAGAUGUUCAGGAAGAGCCAAAGAAGAGAAGCAGAAUGGCACUACGAAAGAACAGAAACCAAAGAAAAGGCAGCAGAAAAAGCCAAACCACAACGAGGAGAAGCCAUCUGUGCAGAGCACCCAAAGCGAAAAGACCACUAAACAUUUCACAGAAGAGAUUGGCAAGCAGCAAAAGACAUCUACAGUCAGCACAAAGGCCCCUGUCCAGGGCACAAAAGCCAAAAACUAUGCUAGGAGGGCCAAAUCACCAGAACAAUUCACAGAGGAGACAAUGAAGGUACAGCCAGUUUUGCCAAAGUGCACCACAGUGGAUCCUGUAAAGACCACAAAAGCAAAAACAUGUGGUAAGAAGGCGAAAUCAACAGAACAAUUUACAGAUAAAAUGCAGCCAGAGAUACCUAAGGCCUCUGUACAGGUCACAAAAGCGAAAACUUGUGCUGGCAGAACCAAAUCACCAGAAAAUUUAACAGAGGAGACAACAAAGAAGCGGCAAAAGUCAUUUAAGAGCACCAGAGAGGUUUGUGAACCACAAGACAAGUGUAAAGACAAAGCUGGAGUGGACUCAAUCCUCUACACAACUCUGGAUACAUUGAAGAUUAAGAAGGACGAAAGAUCAGAUGCAUCAAAAGUCAUUAAUAACAUUGUAAGAAAUAUAAUGGAGCAUUUGAAAAAGAACUCUCUAUCCUUUAAAGAGGUACAAGAACCACUACGUACUGGAAGUUACUAUGAAAAUCUAAAGAUUUCUAAUCCUGAUGAAUUUGAUGUCAUGCUGCCAAUACCUGUUGACCGAGUGGACAUUGAACCAUUUGGAAAUGACGGAGCCUUUUACAGCGUGGCAUUAAAACGCGGCAAGAGUCCGCUGACCAAAUUUCAGCAAGAGACCGGUAUUUUAUCUGCCAGUGAAAUGCUCAAAGAGUUCAGGGAAGAAGUAACGAAAUGUGUCAAGACAUUUAAAGAAUGGGAGAUGACAAGAAAGAAAAAAGGCUGCCCUGCAGUGACCCUGACCACAGAAGUUAAUUCAGUUACCAUCUCACUGGAUGUUGUUCUCUGUCUAGUGGUUAAAUCAAGCUGGCCAGCUUUCACGAAGGAUGGCUUUAAAAUAGAGGGCUGGCUGGGAACUAAAAUGAGGCAGCAAUACAAGUACCAACCAUAUUACCUUGUCCCAAAAUAUGAGGGCAGGGGUACUGCGGAAAGUGAUGGGGUCCUUGCUAAAGAUGUUUGGCGGGUUUCAUUCUCUCACGUUGAGAAGGCCAUACUGAAGAAUCAUGGAUCGGAGAAGACAUGCUGUGAAGAAGCCGGAGUUCGCUGCUGCAGGAAGGACUGUUUGAAGCUCCUAAAGCACCUCCUCGGUCUGCUGAAGGAAAGAGGCUCAUUUGACAAGUUCUGCUCCUACCACGCCAAGACCACACUCUUGCAUGCCUGCUGCUCUAGAACUAGAGACACUGAUUGGCAGGCCUCAAGUCUGAGUCACUGCUUUCAGAUGCUCCUUAAAGAUUUUGAAGACCACCUGGACAAAGGUGUACUCUACAACUUCUUCAUCCCAACACAGAACCUGCUCUCUGGUCUCAACCAGGAAAAAUGCAGAAGUCUGGCUAAAUGUAUCAAGGAUCAACGGAACAAUGGCUUUCCUAUUUUCAAGUGAAAACCUCACAACAAAUAUAGAGUCACUGGCUUGUAACUGUUCAAGGUCAACCCAAUAGUCUCUGAAGCAUCCUGCAUGUGGAAAUUUGGCUAUUAAACUCAGGGUCAUCUUUCAAGUAGGAAAGCAUUAUUAAAGUGCCUUUAAUGUCAUAAUGUAAUGUUUUUACCAAGUUUAUUUCCCUGUAAGCCUUUUCUUAAUUGAUGUCUUGUCAUUGCUCAUACUGUUGUCUUAUAUUUAUUGUUUAUUAAAUAGUUUAUACCUCCUCUCAGGAUGAUUUUACAAAGUCAAAGAAAUUAAAAGAUUGAACCUACCAAACUGUGCCAAUUUAUACUACUACUCUGUUAUAUUUACGACAUUUUUAAUAGCAUUGCAGGAUUCAUUUUAAAAAUAAUUUGAAUUUAUUGACUGACUUUAUUUACUUACAUGUUUGCCUAUGAUUUUGCAUCUCAUACUUAAUUUGUCUCCUGCUUUCACAUUUACAAUUUCCAUUUUGUGCUCCCUUAAACUUAAUAGCGUCUCCCUUUAGCUUACAGAUGUGGAAGCAAUGUGCUGCCUAAAAAUUAAAUCCAUACAAGCAGCAGCAAGAGCUUUGAUUGGCCAGCAUUUGAGCUCUAACCCUACACAGGCUAAAGUCAAAUGUACAGAACAGAACUUGACAAAGCAUUUAUUUCUAAAGGCAUAUGAAGUAUUUGGUAAUGAGAGCUUGUACUAGAGGGAGUGCAUCAUUUUAAUCACCAAGUUAAUAAUUUCCUAAACAGUUUUAUUCUCUAUAAUGGUGGUUUAUUGUAAACACUGAGCAAUAAAAUUCAGAUAAACAUCCAGGUAGAUAAGUUUCAUUCUACAUAAGUUUCAUUACUAACAUCACAGGUAAUCAACUGUCAUGUAUAACAGAUGAGGGCAAAGUACAGAAAAAAAAAGAACAAAGACUUACAGACGAUGAAACCUUUGACUUGGUAAACAGGUUCUUUCCUUGGAGGCAUUAUGUCAAAUGAAAGCUGCUUUACAAACACCUGACUACUACCACAGGCAAACAUUUCUAUUGUUUAUUACAAAGUAUGGCAUUCACACUUCAUGGAAGCUUUUUAAGCCGCGUUAUUAAACUUGACUUAAUCAAGCAGGAAGUGUAUCAAUAGUUCUGCCCUUCACUUCAUCAAACCCAAAUUACAACUCAUCUUGAUAGGAAAUGUACCUUGAAAUGUCACCUUACCUGAGCGAGUUGCCACACCUUCUUAAACAUCAAAUUCAAGGACUUUUCAACGACUUUCCAGGACCAAAUUCCCUCAAAUUGAA